AUGGAGGGUGACGGACAUGAUUAUGAGAUAGAAGAAGGAUUCAAUCCUCUAGUGGAUGAAGGGGAACAACAAUAUCCACCCCCUCCUCCACUUGAGAAUGUGAAUCAACAAAGGCAACAAGAGCGACCAAGGGAUGUUCGCCCUCGGGUGCAACCGCAAGUGCAAAAUCAACCGAGGCAAACUUUGGGCGAGUUCUUCUUGCCGGAUGUGGAUAAUGCCACGUUCGGAUGUUUUGCUAUGCCGGUUCAAGCGGCGACUUUUGAGAUCAAGCCAAGUACUAUCCAACUCUUGGAGAACCGUUGUGCUUUCUUUGGGUUGAAGCAUGAGGACCCAAAUGCCCAUAUAGCCAAGUUCUUGGGGGUCCUUAACACGUUCAAGCUUCAUGGGAUAACCGCGGACCAAAUCAAGCUCCGGAUGUUCCCUUUUUCUUUGAGGGAUAAAGCUAGUUUGUGGCUUCAAUCUCUACCCAAUGAAUCGAUCCAUACUUGGCGGGAGUUGGCUCAAGCUUUCCUUAACAAGUACUUUCCACAUGGCAAGACAACAAAGCUAACCAAAGACAUUCUUGAGUUUGUGCAAUUCGACGGGGAGUCACUCUAUGAAGCUUGGGAGCGCUUUAAGGAUCUACAAAGGAGUGUUCCCCAUCAUAAGCUUAACAAGGAGCAUGUGAUUCAAAUUUUCUAUGAUGCAACGAAUAUCACCACUAGAGCCACUAUUGAUGCGGCUUCGGGGGGGUCUUUGAUGCAAAAGACGUAUGAAGAGGCUCUUGAGUUGGUAGAAAAGUUGGCCAUGGUUAGUAGCACAUGGGGGCCCACGGAUAGAAGAGCACCGGCUAGUCAAAAGUCGGUAAUGACGCUUGACCAAGUUAGAGAGAUGGAAGCUAUCAAGGAGAAAAAUGUUUCACUUCAAGCGCAAGUGGAUGCCUUAAGGAAACAAGUUGCCCCAAGAAAUGCUCCGGUGGCCUAUGUCCAAGUAGGAUGCGAGUUUUGUGGGGAUCUCAACCACUCGGGAGGCGAAUGCCUAGUCACGGGGCAAAGUAUGAGUGAGCAAGUCACAAUAGACCUCCACAACAACAAGGUCCCUACCAAGGAAAUCCAAACCAUGGGAACAACUAUGGUGGUAGACCGCAACACCCUCCCGGUUUUCAACAACCACGGAACACGGAUGAGGGAAAUGUGCUUGCCAAGACCUCAAGGGGGAUUGCCGUCCACUACGGAAAACAAUCCAAGAGAGCAUCUUAAAGCGGUAGAGCUCCGAAGCGGGAGGAAUCUUGAGAAGGCCAAUGGAAAGAAGCAUGUUGUAGAGGAGGAUGAGCCUCAAGUGGUGAUUGAUGUCGCUAGCUCUAGUCAAGAACUCCCUAAUGCUAGUGAGGAGGUGGCUAUUAACAUCGAGGAAGCAUAUGUGAGACCUCCACCACCUCCACCCUUUGUUCCGAAAGUACCAUUUCCAAGCCGGCUAAGGAAGGCACCGGACAACCAAAAGUUCCAUAAGUUCCUUGAGGUUUUCAAGAAGCUUCAAAUCAACCUUAGUUUGGCGGAUGCUCUAAGAGAGAUGCCCCAAUACGCGAAGUUCUUGAAGGACAUCAUCAUGAAUAAGCGUAGUUGGGAGCAAGGCGGAACAAUACCCCUCACGGAGAAUUGUAGUUCUAUAAUCCAAAGCAACCUACCAACAAAGCUAAAAGAUCCAGGGAGUUUCACUAUCCCUUGCACCAUUGGAAAUACUAAUGCUAUAAAUUGUUUAUGUGAUCUUGGUGCAAGUAUUAAUUUGAUGCCUUUGUUUCUUUUUAGGUCCUUAUUUGGUGAACAACCGGUGAAGCAUACCUCGAUGGUGCUACAACUAGCCGAUCACUCUCUCAAGAAGCCGUAUGGGAUAGUAGAAGAUGUGCUUGUUAAGGUGGAUAAAUUCAUCUUUCCGGUGGAUUUUGUAAUCUUGGACUACGCGGUGGAUAAAGAGUGCCCUAUGAUCCUUGGCCGCCCAUUCAUGAACACCGGGCGUGCUCUUAUUGAUGUGCAUGCCGGAAAGCUUACCUUGAGAAUUGAUGAGGAAAAAGUGGAGUUUGAUAUGAAGAGGGUGAUGCGGAACACCAUCGAGGACGAAGAGUGCAUGAGGGUUGAUUUGGUGGAUAAUCUUGUGGAAGAUCAAUUGAAAGAGAAUGUGGAAGUCAUCAACCAAGGAGUUUCACGGAAUUUGGAAGAUUUUGACCACUGCAAGGGGUGUCUCGAUCGAGACAGCCACCCAGAAAAGUGUCUCAAUCGAGACACAUGUAGCACAAAAGCUACUGCCCCAAAAUUUGGCCUAGUCUCGAUUGAGACAGGGGUGUCUCGAUCGAGACAAGGAAAAAUCACUCCUUGUCUCGAUUUGGACCCCUCUGUCUCGAAAGAGACAAGCUGUAAUGGGGAAAUUACUGAUUUUUCUCGAGUUUCAAAGGUUGUCUUCCAUUCCGAUGACAUUGAGGGUGAGUAUUCCGAAGAAGAGGAGCCAAGGCCGGAAAUCUUGAUAAAAGAAGGAGGAGUGACACCCCCAUCUUCCGAGGUGCCACCAAUUGUUGAAAUGAAGCCGUUACCACUUCACCUCCGAUAUGCAUUUGUGGGAGAAAACAGAACGCUCCCCAUCAUCAUCUCUGAUAAGCUUUCAAAAGAGCAAGAGAAAAGGGUUGUUCAAGUAGUGAAGAGUCAUGUGUUGGCCAUGGGAUGGCAAAUUUCCGACAUCCGAGGGAUAAGCCCUCAAGUUGUGAUGCACAAGAUUCAUCUUGAAGACGAGUCGAAGAGAUCAACUCAAAGGCAAAGGAGAUUGAAUCCAAAUAUGAAGGAAGUUGGAGGUAUAACGGUGGUGGAAAAUGACAAGGGAGAGCAAAUCUCCACAAGAACGGUGACCGGUUGGAGAGUAUGCAUUGAUUAUCGAAAGCUCAAUGCGGAAACCCGAAAAGAUCACUUUCCGCUACCAUUCAUCGAUCAAAUGUUGGAGAGAGUAGCGGGUCACAAGUUUUACUGUUUCCUCGACGGGUACUCCGGAUACAAUCAAAUAUUAAUUCUCCCGGAAGACCAAGAGAAGACGACCUUCACAUGCCCCUACGGUACCUUCGCAUACCGCCGGAUGCCUUUUGGUCUAUGCAACGCACCCGCUACAUUCCAAAGAUGCAUGACCUCAAUCUUCAAUGACAUGAUUGAAGAUAUUAUGGAGGUGUUUAUGGAUGACUUUUCCGUCUUUGGGGAUUCUUUUGACAAGUGCUUGGUGAAUCUUGAACGCGUAUUGAAACGGUGUGAGGAAGCAAAUUUGGUACUUAAUUGGGAGAAGUGCCAUUUCAUGGUUGAAGAAGGUAUUGUGCUCGGGCACAAGAUUUCCGAGAAAGGUAUUGAGGUGGAUAGAGCUAAGACGGAGGUAAUCGAGAGGUUGGUUGCCCCGAUCACGGUGAAGGGAGUCCGGGCAUUUUUAGGCCAUGCGGGUUUUUACCGGCGAUUCAUUAAGGACUUCUCAUCUAUUGCAAGACCGUUGACGAAUCUCCUAGUGAAGGAUGCCCCAUUUGAGUUCACAAGGGAGUGUUGUGAGGCGUUUGGGAAAUUGAAGGAAGCACUUGUGACCGCUCCGAUCAUUUCAACUCCGGAUUGGAGUUUACCUUUUGAGCUCAUGUGCGAUGCAAGUGACCAAGCUCUAGGGUGUGUGUUGGGGCAACGUAAGGAGAAGCGAGUCCAUGUGAUUUAUUAUGCUAGUAGAACUUUGGCGGGGGCUCAAUUGAACUACACCACCACGGAAAAAGAGAUGCUCGCCGUGGUUUUUGCUCUUGAUAAAUUCCGGUCUUAUCUACUUGGGGCCAAGACUAUUGUUUUUACCGACCACGCGGCAUUGAGGCAUCUUUUUGCCAAGCAAGAUGCAAAGCCUCGCCUAAUCCGGUGGAUCCUAUUGAUGCAAGAAUUUGAUAUUGAAAUCCGGGAUAAAAAGGGAACGGAAAAUGUGGUUGCGGACCAUCUAUCAAGGCUUGAGAACCCGGAAGCAAUCCCAAUUGGAGUGGAGAUUAAUGAGCAAUUCCCGGAUGAAAUGUUGAUGGUGAUCUCGGAAGUCGAUACACCUUGGUAUGCGGAUAUUGCAAACUACCUAUCUUCGAAUAUCAUGCCUCCGGAUCUAUCCCAUCAUCAAAGAAAGAAAUUUUUAAGCGAUGUGAAACGAUUUUUGUGGGAUGAACCCUACCUAUUCAAGGUAUGUGGGGAUGGGAUGAUUCGGAGGUGCGUGCCAUUGAAGGAAAUGAUGCCAAUCUUGAGCCAUUGUCAUGAAGCGGAUUAUGCCGGGCACUAUGGGUCAUCUAGAACCGCCGCAAGGGUUCUUGAGAGUGGGUUCUUUUGGCCGACCCUAUUUCGUGAUGCCAAGGACUUUGUGGGGCAUUGUGACCGUUGCCAAAGGGUUGGAAACAUUUCAAAACGGGAUGAGAUGCCAUUGACCUCCAUUCAAGAAGUGGAGAUAUUUGAUGUUUGGGGGAUAGACUUCAUGGGGCCCUUCCCAAUGUCUCACGGGAAGCUCUUCAUCUUGGUAUGUGUGGAUUACGUGUCCAAAUGGGUAGAAGCGGAGGCUUUGCCUACAAACGACGCCAAGGUUGUCCUAAGUUUUCUCAAGCAUCUCGUGAAUCGUUUUGGCACACCAAGAGUCAUCAUAAGCGAUGGGGGGUCUCAUUUUUGCAACCGGCAAUUUGACGCCUUAAUGAAGAAGUACAAUGUACAUCAUCGAGUUGCAACUCCGUAUCAUCCCCAAACUAGCGGCCAAGUCGAGGUGUCCAACCGUGAGUUGAAAAGAAUAUUGGAAAAGACGGUGAAUGGGUCUCGAAAGGAUUGGUCCUUAAAGUUAGACGAUGCUUUGUGGGCAUACCGGACGGCUUUUAAAACACCGCUUGGUAUGUCCCCUUUUCGCAUUGUCUACGGAAAGGCGUGCCACUUACCGGUGGAGUUAGAGCACAAGGCUUAUUGGGCCAUCAAAAAGUUGAAUUAUGAUUUCAAGGCGGCGGGUGAGAAGCGCAUGUUACAACUCAAUGAGUUGGAUGAAAUCCGAUUUAAUGCUUAUGAGAAUGCUAAGCUCUAUAAGGAGAAAACAAAGCGGUGGCAUGAUGCUCACAUCUCACCCAAGACUUUUGAGGUAGGAGCCUUUGUGUUGCUCUACAAUUCAAGGUUGAGAUUGUUCCCAGGGAAAUUAAAAUCUCGGUGGAGUGGGCCUUUCAAGAUUCGGCAUGUAGCAACCCAUGGAGCUUUAGAAUUGGAAAACCAAAAGGGGGAAACGUUUAAGGUCAACGGACACCGUUGCAAGCCCUACUUGGGACCUUUGACGGAUCAAAUAGGCGAACAAGUCUAUCUAGCCCCUCCUUCGUAAGUCUCAUGUGAUGGAACGGUCGA